AUGGCCCGGGGACACCAGAAAAUACAAUCACAGGCCAAAGCAGCUGAGAAACAGUCAAAGUUAAAAAAACAACAAGGGCACAGUGCAACAGAGCAAAAGAAAGCUGCUCAGAAAGCUCUUGUGCAUGUUUGCAUUAUUUGCAAGGCUCAAAUGCCAGACCCGAAAACUUACAAGCAACACUUUGAAAACAAACAUCCCAAAAAUGAUCUACCGGAAGAUUUGAAAUCUGUCUAA